ACUAAGACACGAAGCCCCCUCCACCUCUCCACACCUGCUUACAGAAGGAGAAGCCCUGAUAAACACAUCACCCAGGCUUUGCCUUAGGAGCAGCCCAGCUUUUCUCGGGUUGAUGUAUUGAUGCUAAACAGAGAGAGUCAGGGCAGCGGGGCUGGACUUUCCUGUGGCCGCCGUACAUGUGCAUGGAUGCCUUCACUGUGCUGCCGACAGCUGCCCCCUGACCCUGGCUGCUUUCACUUGCAAAGCAAGCUCCUGGCCUAUGGAAAUCGGCCCAUUUCCAUGUCACUUUAACGUCCCUUCCCGCCCUGCGCGAGCGAGACCAUUCCCUCCAGUGUUGCUGCUGGACGCUGCAAUGGCAGGAACCGAGCCCAUCAGCAUCCUCGGGCUUAUCCUGGGCAUCGGCCUGGCCUUGCUGCUCCUGGGCAUCCUGGGCUACACCAUUCUUAAGUGGUACCUGAGAGGACCAGGCUGGCAUCGCCCUAAUUUUGUUUUCAACCUGUAUCACAUCCGCAGCCUGAAGUCUGUGGAAGUGGAGCUGGCCCCGCCGUUCACAGUCAGCGGCUCCAUGAGCAACAUGGGAAGUGGCUACAUGCGGUUCCAUGACAGGAACAUGUGAUGCUGCGAAGCCAGAGAUACUGAUGCUGCGAGGCCACUGGCUCUGCAGAGGUGGUUGCAUUCGGUUGUGUGAGCAAUAUCCGUUUUCCCUGUGUCUUUGCUGCUCGGGUCACUGCUAUCCAUUACAUGCACAAUCGCUCCGUCCAUCCUCACUGGGCUGGGACGCGGCCGCCUUAGCUUGCAUGUGCGGCUAAGAAGGAAUCAGAGCAGCAAUGUGGUGCAAGUAACAGGCUGGACUUCAGCAUCUCACCAGGCUCUGGCCCUGGUGCUCAGACAGAAGCCUGGUUUGGGUCACCAGGGCUGAGAAGAGAGAGUAUCCCUGUCCUCCCUGUGCUAGGCCCAGGCUCUUCAGCAGCUGAGAGUCAUUACAGCCUGGUGGGCGGGUGGCUUUUGGAAAGCUCCCUCCAUUCCCCAGUGGAAAAAUCUCCUUGUCCCACUUCUCACUGCUCAUUAUUGGUAUCCCGGUAGCACACCGGGCCCCUGCGAGGUGCUCUACACGCAGGGCAGAGACGGUCCCUGCCCGGAGGAGCCUGCUGUCUCAGGAUCACGUGAGAAAUGACAGCUGGGCCCAACGGACGUACUGGGACAGCCCAAGGUAACAGCACAGUGAUGGCCCCUCGCCAACUCCUCCGGGUGACACCCAGCUCAGAGGUGCACAGCUGAUCAUCCCAGCAAGAGCCUCCAGAGGGGAUGAAAAGUGGAUGGGUUGGUCUCCAUUCAGCCCUGCUGCCCUGGUGUGUUGCAGUCCCUGGCUGGGAGCAGGACACAAGGACAGGCAGCUGUGGGGCUGCAGACCAGCCAAUUAGCCUUUCCCACUGGCCUUGCUGCCUAGUGCUUGGAGAAGAGGAGGCUGCUCCCCGGGAGCCAGGCAGCCACCAGUCUCUCUCUUGUCCUGCUGCUGGCCAGCUUUCCCAGGCCUGGCCAGGGGACUGAGAUUUCCCCUCAGAAAAUCCCUUGCCAUGACCGAGGCCUGUUGGGUGGUGGGAAAUCCUGGGUCUUCCCCAGUCUCCUGAUUCAAUUCCCCAUUCACAGGCCUGCCCGUGGCCUCAGCCUGGCAUCCGAGGGAAGUGACUUCCUUUCCAACACCAAGCUGCUGCCCGCAGAGUAACAGCUGAGCACUUCCACUUCCUCCUCCGGAGCAGAGCGGUGGGAGCCGCACCUCCCCUGGCCUCAGGAGCAGGGGCUUGUCCACAUCUACAGAGAACUGGAAACUGGCUGGAAAACCGUUCCCAGAGUAGUUAUCAGUGGUUCACAGUCAUGCUGGAAGGGCAUAACGAGUGGGGUCCCGCAGGGAUCGG